UUAGAGCGCAAUACACGUCAGGUUCUUAUUUUGAUUCGUGGAGGGGGCUCACCUCGAAGAAACGGGUGGCCGAGUCCGAAGGAUUUGCCAGGAAAGUGCAGGAUAUAGGUCGUCAAAUACAGAUUAAACAUGAUACGCGCUGAAAAUGGAGGUAUUGCAUACUUGGAACAGUUAAAGAAUUCGAUAGAGAGUGACGCGACAGAGAAGGCAGUGUCAAAAAAGUGCGAGGAGCAGCUGUCUUUGGUAAAGGCAAACAGCUGUUCGUCCUACAAAGGUGCAAAUCGUACGACAGAAAUGGCGCAAGAGGACAAUAAUCUAUGCUGGAAUAAUCUGCCCAGCAUCAUCCUACAAGAAAUAUUCUCAUAUUUAUCCUACAACUGCCGGUUAAGAGCCUCUCAGGUCUGCAGAAAUUGGAGGUAUGCUCUGUUCCAUCCUCAUUUUUGGAAAAAGAUCACAUUUGUUCUGAAAGAUGAAGACAGUAUAGCAUGGACUCGAUACUUGGCAGAUCAGUUUGAACUUAGUGUGCAAGAAGUUACAAUCAUCUGUGAUAUAUCAAAUUGUUAUGCAAAAGAAACAUUAGCCCUUUUGAACAAACUAAGAUUUAACAGGCAACUUCGUAAAUUGUUUUUGGAACCUAGCAAUAGUACCUUUGAAGAUGAGGGUAGUAAAAAAUACACUAAAUUAUUGGUAUCUUCUGUCAUAAACAUUAUAAACAACUCUGAUCAUUUAGAAGCUCUGAGUUUGGGAUGCAUUGAAGAUUUAACAAUAAAAGCCAGACUAAUUAUGGCACAUUUACGUAACUGUCAGGCAAGACAUUUGACAACUCUUAGUUUGGCACCUGUUAAGGAUGAUCCCAAUGAUUAUAACAUUUUUAAUUCUGGUUAUGGAUAUAUGUUCCACUCAUUUGUCAGAUUAUCUAUUUUAACUCUGGAUUAUGAGUUCCUAAGUAAUUCUUUGCUGAAUGCAUUGGAUAGUGGUACCAUGGAAAGACUUGUAAUUCAUGUACAUGGUUGGAAUUAUCAGUAUUCAGGUACAUCUGAUUAUAGUUGGCAAGUUUUUGUUCAAAAGAAUCCUAAAUGUGAGCUACGACUAACUCUUAUACACUCUUAUAUUGGUAUUAAAAAAUUAGAUACAAAUAUACUUCUUCCUUCCAUGCCCCUUACACAUUUGAAAGUGUUAUUUUGUGAAAACGUUAAUAUCGGAGUAUUACAUCGACUAUCUAGGUGGUAUUCACUUACUUUAAAAUCUUUAAUAUGGAUAGAUUCAGUACAACCUUUCAUAAGCAACGUACCAGCAACAUAUGAUCCAAGUGACCCUCAUGGACCUGAUCCAUUAGUAUUAAUUGCAUGGAAAUGUACCAAACUUGUGGAAAUUGUAUUCAUAGGCCAUAUAUAUCACCAAGAAAACUUGUUAGCUAUUGCACGCUUACGAGGAAACUCACUUAAGUCAUUAGUUUUUGCACAAAGAUUCAUUGCAUCUGACACUGAAUCUUGGCAUGAGACUGAAACCAUUACACAUGAAAUAAAACAAAUAAUGGGGUGCCUAUGGGAACCAUUAAGUGAUGCAGAUUUACCUGCAGUUGUUAAAAGUCCCUUCGAAGGUGAUAGUAGGGAAGUUAUCAUGCCAUUGGUCCUUCGUGACCAAAAGUAAAUUUUAAUUUGCACUAAGGAAAGAUUACUCCCCGAUACCGUACUUUACCGAUCGACAUCAUCAACAAUUUCUGGGCAAGCAACAUUCUCAGAAGUAAAGUUAUAAAGUUAUAUCCUUUAUUUUUCUAUAAGAAUUGUUUUUACAAAAAUUAUGGAUGUAACAUCAAACGGUGGAUAUGUGUAAAUUCGUAGUUUAAAAUCAGUAAUUGAUGGAUACAAUGUUGCCUAUCAGGUAAGGAUCACACAGAUCCAGUGUGUAAACAGCGAGGAUGAAAACGCACACAAGUUCUCCUUUAUAAUGAUUUUAUUAGUUCCCAUGAGAACAUAAUAAGCCAUAGUUAAGUACGCCU